UCACUGUCUUUUCCUUCCGGAGUUAUUGUUCUCGUUGGCCAUGGCGGCGGGAGCUGAACGAUUCUGAUCGCUGUCAGUGCGGCUCCGGAGCGCUGGUCAUGGACGAGGCGAGUCUGGAGGCGGCCAUCGAGGUGUACAAGGCCCAGCUGCAGCAGGUGGAGGCGGCGCUGGGAGCCGGGGCCCAAGCUGAGGCCGAGGCCCAGGCGGACCUGCUGCAGCUCCAGGCCGACCUACAGCAGCUGGUCGCCCUGACCGAGUCCAGCCUCCUGUCGGUCCGCAAGAGCCAGCUCCUGGAGCAGCUGCAGCGAGGCGCCUCGCCGCCGGAGCCCGAGGACCAGUCAGGGCUCGACGCCGAAUACGCCGCUUUCCAGGCGGCUCUGAGGGAGGCCGACCAGGAGCCGGGGAGCGGCGAUGAGGCUGAGACUAAGGUUGAGGCUGGGGAUAUUAGCGGCGCCAAGGUGCGGGCUCCGUACCGCUCGGCUUGGGGCCCGCUGCAGUAUCACAACGCCAUGGUGGUGGGUGUGGAGGCUGACCAGCCACCCGAGCCCACAGUCCGUGUCCUGUGGAUCCACCCCACACAGAGAGCCAUGAAGCCCUGCCCGUUCUACCUGAGUGGGAGCUGUCGCUUCCUGGACUCCUGCAGAUAUUCACAUGGAGAAGUGGUAGCUUUGUCGGAACUGCGUGAAUUUGAAGAACUCGACCUAAGUUCUCUUGAGGUGGGAUCAUCCUGUUUAGCGAAAUACGAAGAUGAAAUUUGGUACCCAGCUAAGAUUCUAGAUAUUGACAAUGGUUAUUUUACAGUAAAAUUUGACUCCUUGCUUCAAAAGGAAAUUGUAGUGGAGGGAGAUGGGAUCAUGCCACUAGCUCAGGAUGAUGAGUCUUCCUCAUCUUCCAGCUCUGAGGAUGAAGGAGAGCUUGGUUAUGCAAAAGUUUUGGAUGAAAAAUCUGUGUCCAUGGUAAAUUGGACUCCGGCUUGCAGCUCUUCAUUUGCUGGCUGGGAGGCUCAUACUCGGGGAAUAGGAUCUAAACUAAUGGUUAAACUGGGUUAUGAGUUUGGAAAAGGUUUGGGGAAGAAUGCUGAUGGUCGAGUGGAGCCUGUACAAGCAGUGGUUUUACCACCUGGAAAAUCCUUGGAUCAAUGUGCUGAAAUCCUACAAAAAAAGCAGGAAGGAAAACUUAGCCAUCUGCACAAAAAGAAGCACAAGAGGAAAAGCGAAGGAGGCCCACGCAUUGCUAAAGAAAGAAAACCUCGUCAGACUGUAUUUGACUUUUUGAAUGACAAACUUCAAAGUACUGGACAGACUAGCAGUUCCCCAGUUCCAACUGGAUUCCCCAUGAGAGAGAAAAAUAGCAAAGAACGUUAUAGGGGGACUAAAAGUUCGAAGAAAGCUCUAAAUAUCCAUCUUUUUCAAAUAACAGAGAAGAUUGAACAUACGGAAAAGGACAUUGCAAAAAUUAUGGAGGCGCUUGCAAGAAAUGUUGGAAGAGACAAAGCAGUAACCUCCCAUCUGGAAGAGAAGUUAUCUAAUGCAAAGAAGCAAUUGUCCUCUCUAAAAUCUCAAGAAUCAGGGGCCCAGCAAGAACAAAGGAAAGCAGACACACACAAGAAGAUGACCAAAUUCUGAUUUAGUUAUUGAUAGUUAUUUAGUGUAUUUCAAAGGCUGGACAGUAUGUGCAGCAUUUUUUUCUGUAAGACGUAUCUGUUUUAAAUAAUGUAAAAUGGUUCUUGUGGUUUGUAUUAUUUUGUAUUUGUCAUUUUGAAUAGUCUUAGCUAUUUGCGAAAUAGUAUAAAAUUGUUUGUGUUGUUAGAUAAGCUUUUAGCACCACCUGAACACAAUUGCUUUGGUAUCUCUUUAAAGCUGAAUAUUGUUUAAGUGGUUAUUGUAAAUUGUAUACCAUUGAUAAUUUAAUAUUGCUGACUUCAAUUCCUUUUCUCGCGUACUUGAAGCAACCACCUGUUUUACUUAAGCCAGAUUUGAAUUGUUCUGAUAUUAUUUGGGAAAUGACAGCUUCCAAACAAAAUUUUCCUUUUUAAAGUAGGAGUAUUUCUGCUACCAUGUGUCAAUAUCUUUGAAAGUUCAUUUGCAAUGAUGUGCCAGAUACCACGUUAAUUGAAAACAUAAUCUGAGGUGUUAGGCACUGCCUCAUUCCAAUUGGACAUGUAAUAUAUUGUACUGGAAAUUUAUAGCUGUUUGAUAUUAUAAAAUGGAUAAUAUUUAAAUUUGUAUCAGAGAUAAUGGGAACUGCAGAUGCUGGAGAUUCCAAGAUAAUAAAAUGUGAGGCU